CUAGUCAAAAAUAGAAGUGUCAAAUUUAUAAUCAGGUUACGAAACAAAACAAAUAAAAUGCGGAUAUUUGGUUCUCUAGCAAAGAAAGUCGGAGACUUAACCAUUAAAUAUUCGAAUUUUCCCGAGUCCUAUGUUAAGCGAAGCUAUGAGCAGGUUUAUUGGAAGAAUCCCUCAAACUAUCCACAAUACCCAAAGGCGCAGAUAGCGCGUAAGAAGUACCGAUUUACGACGAAUAGACCAUGGACGAGUCAGUUUCGUAUGCAAAACGAUCGAAACUUGCACAGAAAGAAAGUCUUCGUUGAACCCAUCGGGGAAUGGAGUUUCUUUAAAGGUGAUCGCGUUGAGGUGAUGGUGGGUAGAGACAAAGGCAAGCAGGGAAUAGUCAGCCAGGUGAUCCAGGAACGCAAUUGGGUCAUAGUUGAGGGUCUCAACACACAUUUGAGAGUUGUGGGCAAAGACAAAACCUUCCCCGGUAUCACAAUUCAGUCAGAGGCUCCUCUCUUAGUGACAACGGGAGUGAAGCUUGUAGACCCGGAGACCUUGAAACCCACAGAAAUUGAGUGGAGAUACACUGAAGAGGGUGAUAAGGUGCGCGUCUCCCUGGACAGUAGUAGAAUAAUCCCUAUACCAAAGUCAGCGGAGGAGACUAUGGACUUCAAGAGCAAAGAGCUGUACAUUGAGAAUGUUGACAAGGAUACUGUCAGUGAAGAUGCUACCAAGAUAACAUUCGCGCCAAAACUCCGCACUUUUGAAAUGGAUAUUAUGGAAGAAAUGGGAAUCGAAGAAGACCGAGUUCCCGCCAAAUCAUACUGGUAUUAAUGUAAAAUGUAAUGUAGUUAUAUUAUAGAUUAUUGUGGAAUAAAGAGUUUUAUUGAAA